AUGGCGUCCAGGCGUCUGCAGGGCAAGGUCAGCAUCGUCACAGGCUCCUCCUCGGGCCUCGGCAGGGCCAUCGCACUCGCUUACAGCCGAGAAGGCGCCCAUGUUGUCUGUGCAGAUCUAUCCGCGGGCGCACGAGCUGUCAUCGAGGCAGAGACAAGUGCCAACACGGACGACCUCAUCCGCAAGCAAGGCGGCAGGGCCAUCUUCGUACAGACCGACGUCACAAAGGCCGACAGCUGGGAGGUACUGGUCGCUGCCGCCGUGAAGGAGUUUGGCCGAAUUGACGUGCUCGUGAACAAUGCCGGCAUAUCGUACGAGUCUAAGAACCCACCGCGGAAAAUCCACGAUACCCCCGAGGAGGCAUGGGAUAUCAGCAUGGCAGUCAACGGCAAGUCCGUCUGGCUGGGCUGCAAGUACGUGAUCGGACAGAUGCUCAAGCAGGAGCCGCAUUCGAGCGGUGACCGUGGAUGGGUCAUCAACCUAUCGUCAAUCUACGGACUCGUGGGCAGCAGGAUUGCGCCAUCUUACGCCGCCUCGAAAGGCGCGGUAGCCAAUUUGACGCGCAGCUUGGCCCUGGACUACGCCGCCGAUCGCAUACACGUAAAUGCCAUCAAUCCGGGCUUCAUCCGGACAGGCAUGUUCGCCGAUACGAUCAGCAACAUAGCGACUCGAGAUUCUAUAGAUGCGCUGCAUCCUUUCGGUGGCACAGGGGUACCGGAGGAUAUUGCAGGUGCCGCGGUGUUUUUAGCUUCCGGAGACGCCUCGUGGGUGACGGGAGUCAAUCUGCCUGUUGAUGGAGGCUUCACGGCGCAGUGA